AUGCAGGAAAAGGUGCCAAAUCAGGCUGUGAUGUCGAAGUUAUGUCUUUCGAGCUCUUGUGGAGUCCCACCAGUUUGGUUCCCGUUUAACUACAGUCGACAAAAUCAUGGCCACCUGACGAUCGAUGCUUACAAAAUAAUCUCAGAUUUGAAGACUGAAGUUGACUACAUCUUCAACGGAUGUCAAAGUUUUUUCAAGCCAGUUAGAGCGAGGUAA